AUCCCUAAACUCAGCUGAAUACUCAACAAAGAAGAGAGAUAACAAUGGCGCUCAUCAAGAAUAUUCUUGCCCUUGUAGUUCUUCUUGGCGUUGUUGGUCUUUCCUUUGCACAGCCACAUGAGGGUGGUCUUGACCUCAACUACUAUCGCUCUAAGUGUCCACAAGCGGAAGCCAUCGUCCGCCGUAUCACAUUUCAAUACGUUUCUCACAGGCCAAGUUUUGCUGCUGCGCUUCUGAGGAUGUAUUUUCAUGACUGUUUUGUCAGAGGAUGUGAUGCUUCGCUUCUUCUGAAAUCUCCAAACAAGGAUGCGGAAAGAGACGCUAUCCCCAACUUGACAGUGAGAGGCUACGAAGUGGUCGAUGCUGCCAAGACAGCCCUCGAGAGGAAGUGUCCUGGUGUCGUUUCUUGCGCUGAUGUUCUUGCCUUGGUCGCUAGAGACGCUGUUUCAGUGAUCAAAGGACCAUGGUGGCCUGUUCCAUUGGGGCGUAGGGACGGACGCGUAUCAAAACUUUCCGAGGUUAAUUUACCAUCUCCUUUUGCCGACGUAAAUGCAUUGAAGCAGGACUUCUUCGCCAAGGGUCUUAACACUAAAGACUUGGUCGUCCUCUCAGGGGCUCACACCAUUGGAAUAUCUUCUUGCGGUCUCAUCAGCAGACGUAUCCAUAACUUCACUGGCAAUGGUGACUUUGACCCAUCGAUGAACCCUAGCUACGUUAGGCAGUUGAAGAAGAGAUGCAAGCCAACUGAUAGGAGUACCAUGGUGGCGAUGGACCCAGGAAGUUUCAAGAAGUUUGACUCUCACUACUUCAACGUUGUGGCUCAGAAGAGGGGUUUGUUCACAUCUGAUUCAACACUUCUCGAUGACGUGGAGACCAAACACUACAUUCAGACGCAGGUUGAAACCAGUGGGGCUUCCUUCGACAAGGAUUUCUCUGAAUCAAUGGUCAAACUUGGUUUCGUCGAGAUUCUUACCGGGACGCAGGGUGAGAUCAGGAAGAGAUGUGCUUUCGUUAACUAAUUUGGAUCGCUUUCUGCUUUCAGGAUGAUUCAAAUUUUAAAACUGUUUCUGCUUAUUGUGUUAUUUUCUUUCCUUCAUCAAGUCCUCUUUUCUUUGUGUUUGAAUUUUGGAGAUGCGCAUUUGUUUAUUAUUUAAGUCAUGUUUUUCUCCUCUCACGAAUGUUAUCGAUUGAGUUAAUAA